CCGAUAAUUCGUCUUCUCGGUGACAAACAUCUUUAACUUAACAACAUCAGGUCAUCAUACCACAUCCCCAAGAACUUCAUAAAGAGAUCUCAACACAUAUUCCUCCACAGCAUUAUCUCCUGAUUCAUCAAACAUCACACCUCCCACAGCUUCCUCAUACAGUUCCAACGCUUCCACCUAUCAUCAUUCCUCCCUCGCCCCCCAUUCACAAUGGCACCUCCCAACAAUAACCCCAACGGCUACUACGUCGAAUCCUUCCCCGCCCCCGGCCUCCGCCAAAUCGUCCGGCACAUCACCGGCCUCAACGACCGAGGCGAAUCCGUCUUCCUGCACUCCGACCACGGCGACCACCACCGCUUCAUGGUCCAGAACCAAGCCAUCUCCAACCUGCUCUACUCCACUCAGGAGACCCCGGUUGAUCUCAACAACAAUGUCGAUAUCCAGAAGGCUAGGGGGGAGGAGCCCCCCUUCCACUACAAAUCCGGCUCCAUAGUCCGGAUGAUCGACUUCGGCCCCGGCGUCGAGUCCCCCCUCCACCGGGCCAUGACGAUUGACUACGGUAUUAUUGUUGAGGGCGUGUUUGAGUUGAUUCUGGAUUCGGGCGAGAAGCGGAUCAUGCGCCAGGGGGAUGUGAGCGUGCAGAGAGCGACGGCGCAUAAGUGGGUGAAUGUCACGGGGAACGGAACGCUGCCGGGGAGGGUGAUGUGGGUGUUGCUGGAUUGUAAGGAGGUGGUGGAUGCGAGGGGGGAGAAGGUUGAGGGGUAUUUGGGGAGUUUGAAGGAGCAUUAUGAGGGGCGGUAGAUUGGUGCCUUCUGUCUUUGAUAGUACGGGUUUUGCGUGAGAAUGUUGAAAUUUGAG